AUGGCUUCCUCGUCAAAUCUCUACAUCGCCGAAACACCCAAGGAGGUCUCGUCGGCCAAGGGCCUGCACCUGAUCACGCAGAACACGCCCAACGGACAGGCGACGCAGAUCAUCCUCGAGGAGCUGCACGACCUGUACGGCACGGAAUGGGGCACGACGCUGAUCAACAUCUCGACCAACGAGCAGAAGAAGGAGUGGUUCCUCCGGCUCAAUCCGAACGGCAGGAUCCCCACGCUCGUCGACAACUCGCAGUCGCCGCCGUUCCCGGUCAUCGAGACGUCGGCGCAGAUCUUGUAUCUGGUCAAGUUCUACGACAAGGACGACGUUUUCGGCUUCAAGGACGAGCUCGAGCGCAACGAGGCCCUGCAGUGGAUGUUCUUCUGGCACGGCGGCGGCGCCCCGUACCAGGGACAGGUCAACCAUUUCACCCGUGCUGCACCUGAGAAGAUCCCAUACGCUAUAAACAGGUACAAGAACGAAACACUCCGCGUCUACGGCGUGCUCGAAAUCCGUCUGUCGGGAAUCUACACCGGCGGUCCCCGCGACUACCUCGCAGGUAAGGGGAAAGGCAAAUACAGCGUGGCCGACAUCAAGACCUGGCCGUGGAUCAAGGGAUGGGAACGCAGCGGCUUCACGGCCGAGGACAUGAAGCCGUUCCCGCACCUGUUGAAGUGGAUCGACCGGAUCGCCGCGAGACCUGCGGUGCAGAGAGGUAUCGGUGAGAAAUACGUACAGUAA